CCUGGGCCUGGGCCUGGAGCGGGAGGAGGCGGAGGAGCGGCGGCGCCGGGCGGCAUGCGAUGGGGAACUGCUGCUGGACGCAGUGCUUCGGGCGCCUCCGCAGGGAAGCGGGGCGGCUGCAGCGCGGCGGAGGAUCCAAGUACUUUAGGACGUGCUCAAGAGGUGAACAUUUAACUAUAGAGUUUGAGAAUCUAGUAGAAAGUGAUGAAGGGGAAAGCCCAGGAAGCAGUCACAGGCCUCUUACUGAGGAAGAAAUUGUUGACCUAAGAGAGAGGCAUUAUGAUUCUAUUGCUGAAAAGCAGAAGGAUCUUGAUAUGAAAAUUCAAAGAGAGUUAGCCUUACGAGAAGAGAAGUUAAGACUAGAAGAAGAAGCUUUAUACGCUGCCCAGCGUGAAGCAGCCAGGGCUGCAAAGCGCCGAAAGCUCUCAGAGCAGGAAAGACAGAGAGCUGUGCAGCAAAGCCGUCCCCCCAACGGUGGCGAGUAUCAAAGUCCAGGACCAGAAGACGACUUUGAAUCUUGUUUGAGGAAUAUGAAGUCACAGUAUGAAGUGUUUCGCAGUAGUAGACUCUCAUCAGAUGCCACAGUCUUGACACCAAAUACAGAAAGCAGUUGUGAUUUAAUGACCAAAACUAAAUCAACCAGUGGAAAUGAUGACAGCACCUCCUUAGACCUAGAGUGGGAAGAUGAAGAAGGAAUGAACCGAAUGCUUCCGAUGCGAGAGCGCUCGAAAACGGAGGAGGACAUUCUGCGGGCCGCGCUCACGGGCGGCGGCGGCCGGAAGCCGGUGAGUAACGCUGCGUCCGCCUCCGACGACUCCAACGGGCUGGAGUGGGAGAACGACUUCGUGAGCGCCGAGGUGGACGGCAACGGCAACUCCGAGUACUCGGGCUUCGUCAAUCCUGUGCUGGAGCUGCCUGACUCCGGCCUGAAGCAGCCCGCCGACGCCGGCAGAAGCGGUGCGAUGGCCUGAGCUGCCCCGCCGUUGUGACAGCGGUCAGGGCCACCUCGAAUGUAUGGAGCGUCGUGCUGAGCCUUUCUGUAAGAGGCAGGGAGUAACCUGUGUUUAAACGCUCGUUAGAAGGGCAUCGGGAUGAUAGGCUGUAUCUGACUCGCUUCAGAAUUAAGUGCAAUUUCAUCAUCUACCUUCUGUUCUUCAAAAGCAAUUGGAUGGUUCUGUCAUGUUAUCAACUAAAUUUAUCUUUUCUCUAUAGCAUUCCUGUUUACUAUUUCUAGAUUUUCAUUUUUAGCAUAGCUUUUUAAAUUUUACUUUGUGUGUUUUCGUAAGCUUAUUUCCGUAGCUACCUAUGAAACCAGGAAGGCGUUUGUGUCAGUGCUCAGCAGGUGUGGAGGGCAGCAGGGGCCUGCGCGUUUCAGAUUUAGAGCAGUGUCCCUUUCCUGAUUCCUCUGCUUAUUUCAGUGUGAUUACCUAGCAGGAAGCACGGUGAAUGUGACUAGAUGACCCAAGAGAAAUGCUGAAGCAUCAUUUUCUUCCCAUACUUACUGCAUAUCCUAGUAUGAUAAUGUCGGUUCAGGCUGAAACAGAGGGUGUCAUAUGAUAAAAUGAGCUUUCAGAGUUUGGACCUUAAAGUUGGUAAUCAAAACUAAUACUGAGGAAGGGAAAUAUACUUCCUCUUAUAUGCCACUAUACCUGAAUAUUGGCUUUAAGUUACUUCAUAUAUUAAAUUUCUAGGUGUCAUUUGUUUUUAUAUUUUAUAUUUCCAACGACUGGUCUUAGAAGGAUUUCACACAGAACAUCCUCUGUGCAUGAUUCAGUAAGAAAGGAAAACCUAAAAAAGAUAAUACGGGUAUUUCAAAGUAAAUAAAAUCCUUUCUGGUAUGAAAGGUCCGUUGAUUUUCUUAAGCUUUCCUUUGCCUUGUAAUACAAGGCAGUAAUGGGACAGAACUAAGUGUAUCAACAUAUAAAACUACAUUUUGUGACGUACAGUGAGCUCUUCUUUUCUCUAAAGUCGACGUAUUGAUUUAAAAGGCCAAGGAUAUACGACAUUUCCUAACUGCUUAUCUUGAUUUUGCUGAGGAUUAUGAUUUUAGUAAGCAAACUCUUGAUUUUUAUGUAGUACUUUUUUCUUUUCUAUCUCUUGCAACAAUGACAGUGCAUGUUCUCAAAAAUAUAGGAAGGUCCAGAUAUAAAUAGUAAUUUAAAGUUCUUGCCGCUGUACUAGAAAAAACAAAGAAUCCUGUGGUCCUUUCAAUAUUUGACCUGCGAGGCCAUGACAUCUAUAGCUUCAUCUCUUUUUAUCUCAUAGAACUAAAUCCGACACUUUAAAUAUGUGAGCAUAUUAGGUAAUGCUACAUUUCCGUCUUUCCGUAAUUUAAGUUGUAGCUACGCCAUUGGAAAUAUUGUAAAGGGACCCUAUAUUCACAUUGCCUGUGGUAUGCUUUUUACAGUUUGUAUACAUCGGAUGUAUAUUUUUGGUUUGGCAUAAGCUACUAUUAUAAUUUUUUUUGGAAUUUUGUUCAUAGCGAAAUUUUUGAAGGAAUGGUAACUUCUCAAGGAUUGUGAAUAAACACAUUUUUACAAUUAAAAACUAAAUUAUUUGAUUAUUACUUGUACUCCGUAAAAAUUCUGACUCCUGAUGUAAUUAUUUUACUAAAUCUGCUAUGAAGAGAAAUAGGAGUGAAUUAGGAAAGCAGUCUGGAACUAAACUUGUAAUUGUUUGAGUUUUAACUGCUAAAAAAAGGACAUUAAUUUUCUUUGUGUGUUUAUAAACACACUAGAAGUAACAUUCAUUCAGCAGCUACUGGAGAAUCUACUGUGUCUGGUAGUGUAUUAGGGACAUAGCCGUGAAAAGACAUAAAAGUUUCUGCUCUUUUGCUUACAUUCUGAUGAGAGAGACAGACAAUAACCAGUAAACAGACAAAUAAGAAAAUCACAGAUUACAAUUAGGAAAUAUGCCAGAUGACCGGACCGAGGGGAGCUAGGGACCAAUGAAUGCUUCUUAUAGGCCGAGAGAGUCUUCUCUGAGGAGAUGGCCCCUGUGCUGAGACAGGGCUGUUGAGUAGGAGGCAGCCAGCUCAGACAGUGUGUGUGUGCAGGGAGAGGCCGGGGGAGGCAGAGUAGGGUGAGGUGAUGGAAGGAGGGGCCUGCAGGCCAUGGUCCAGGGUGAGGGGAGGCCAGUGCCGUUUCUCAGCUAGAGGACACAGUGAGCACAUCUGCUUCCUUGAAAACUCCCCGUACUGCUUGGAAGAGAAUGGGGUGGAGAGCAGGAGGGGGCGCGGGGCUCCCGAUUGCACCUGGUGUGGCUCGGGGUGACGGUGCUGUAGGAAUGCAGAGAGGUAGAACCAACGCGAUUUCCUAAUGGGUUAGAUAGACAGGGGGACAAAAGAUGGGUGGAGCCGGGUGACUGGGAACGCGUCCAGCAUGGCACCCUGGUGACCGCCCACGUUCACAGGGACACACAGUCAGAGUCGGGCCCCAGGCGUGACAGAAAGGCCUGUGCUGCUCCCUGGGACGUGACACGAUACGGCAGUCCUGGAGGAGCUGUCACACGCCCUUUGUCACCUGCCUCCUAUCUUGCAGAAGGCUGCCACAUGGCAAUUUCUCACCCACUUCGCUGGUCCCCACCUCAGCCGUUCAGAGUUGAGUGGUGGCUGCACCCUCUGACCUCUGUUACUGGCCCCUGGUUCAGUGCCCUCCUGGGGACCAGGGAUACAGGAAGCUGCUCCAUGCUGACCUUGCUUUUGCUAUCUAUGUAAGUAAUAAAAAAUGUCUAAAUCUAUUUGGGUUCAUUGUCUUUCUUCCUACUGGCCAAAUC